AUGGAUCAAAGUUUGAGAAAUGCUGUUGAGCAAGGAAGCAUUGACGCCUUAUACGCAUUGAUACGGGAAGAUGUAAAUGUUUUGGAUAGGAUCGAUGACAUUCCAUUUGUUGAAACUCCUUUACACCUAGCUGCAUCUCUAGGGUACAUCCAGUUUGCCAUGGAGAUCAUGAAGUUAAAGCCCUCAUUUGCUAGGAAGCUUAAUGAAGAUGGCUUCACUCCCAUGCACCUUGCUUUGCAAAAGCACUAUGCCGAUGAGGAAGGCAACACUCUAUUGCACGUUGCAGUAUACAGAAAUCAACUCGAGGUAGUGUCGUUGUUAAUGGCUACAAAAUUAGUUGAUUUAAAGGCCAAGAAUUUAGAGGGUGAUACGGUCUUUGACAUCUUGGAACGCCAAACACAUGUUGAGAGCCAACGGAUGAGAGAUAGGCUACGACCACGUGCAUGUUGUCGUUGUGUCAGUCGUUUAAUAGCUAUAGUUAAAUUAUCUUUAACCCCUUUCCAAAAUUUCGUACAACGACUGUGUGGGAAGCUUUUCGUACGAAUACGUCGUCAGGAAACAGUUACGACAGAAGAGAGGCGCAAUGCACUGUUGGUUGUUGCUGCACUACUAUUAACGGUCACCUACCAAGCAGCACUCAGCGCUCCUGCAGAAGCUCAUGAUAAAGCCAAUCAGUUCAACGGCACAGCCCCGAUCAACGCCAGCAGAGACCCACUCGCCCAUCUGUUCAACAGCACAGCCCCGCUCAGAGCUUAUUGGAACGCAAUCACUGCAGCGUCUAAUGCCAUCAACAAGAACGUGUUAAAUGGGAAUGCCUUCCUUUCGGUUAAUACUCUAACCUAUUUCCUAACAACCGUUACACUUCUCUUCCUCGUCCCUCCUGAUUUUGUUGGACUCGUGCUCUACUCACUCCUUGUACUCCUCUCUUUUUGCUAUUGCUUUUCAAGAAUGGAUCAGUCUCUUGUUGUCCGACUACUAACAGCUGCUUGCCCGAGGCCUCCAAAGAGGGGGGGAACCCUAACUUCAAUUCCAGGUUUUGGCGGGAUCAUUCCCGCUAAUUCUUGGCCGAGCCGUUCGAUAUACUCGAAGAUUGGUCAGUUCAUCUGUCUGUCGGUGCGAAUGGCUGAGUAUGUGUCCACGUGUCGGCAUCGGUAUGGUCGUCUGUGCGUCAUCAUUAGUCGGUGA